CAGUGCGAGGUGUCCUGUCAACAGUUGGUAGGUGGGCUGUGGAGAAAAUGCUUUUUGGGCCACAGGCAAUAUGCAAUACCGCGAGUGGCCACUGAGGAAAAUCUGCUGCAAGGCUGAGAGGCAUUCCUGGGGUCUGGGUAGGUGCCUACACAGACUGUUUUUGCAGAGUCUCUUUUAUCGUUGGUCGCCCAGCAGUGUUUUUGGGUGUUGCCGGACACAAUAUUCACGCCUACCUCAAUAAUGGAGACUCACCACGAUCAACUUGCAUAUAUAUUUUCUUAUGUUGUCUUAUUUCUACUCUAUGGUGCAAUUUGUUGCCCAACUGCAUGCAGCUGGUGCCGUUUUUUAUUUUUACCGCCCCUGCCCCUCACACAGCUGAGGCCGCCACUGCUCACGGCAACUAGUAGUGACGCAAUCAAACGGCACCCGCCGCGCGCUGUUUGUAACGUUCAGUAAUUGUAACGUUAACUUUGUUGGCGAAUUAUCAAACACCGAGAAAUAUUAAGUCUUAUAUGGUAAACAAGCUGACUCGUAUAUUCAUUCAGAUAUUACUACUUUCUCUGGCGUGUCGGACAUUGCUGCUACAGUGGCAGGAGGAAGUUAGUUAACGUUAGCCAACAAGCUAACAUGAGAUAAUUUGGUGACAGCAGCAGCAACAUGCUGGCUAUCUGACAGAUAACUAGUUAACUUUCCUGGUCAUAAUGGAGGAUAACUCGUCUUCCUCUUCGAUGGUCACUGGUUUUUCUCAAGCGUCUUUCCUCCAGAGGACGCUGGAGCGGCUAUCCUCCACACAGUGUCUGAAAGUAAACACCGAGGAGGCGGUCGCUGUCAUCGCACUUCAGCGGUACUUAUCUGAGCAAACCGAGGGGCAGCAGGUCGACAGCUACAGCUACGAUGUGACCGUCACUGACGGAGUCUGGAGAGCCAAAUGUUUUGUUCACCCCGCUUUGAAUCACCUGGUGCACUCAAACAUCCUGAGGACUGGGACUGACAUCAGCAUCACACAGUGCUCUUUCGUUUAUAACGAGAGGAGACUGGGACACGGUUACAUCUGCAUUGAAAAGCUCCGCUGCGGUGCACAGAGCUCUGCUGUCCUGCCCCGUAUAAAGGACGUCAGUGCACUGCCCAUGCUGGUCAAGCAUGGCAUGGAGAGGAGUGUGGUGCUGCAAAGUGAUGUUCCCCUUCAGGUGAGCCGCAAACAUUACCUGGCUCUGUGGAACAACGACGACCCAGAGGGAGACAUCUGGACCUCAGGGUCUUCCUCCUCUGACACAGUGCUGGACGUGUCAAAGAUUACUCUUCUUUGUAGUCUGGAGUCAUGCUUUAGAAAGACAUGGACACCUCUCCCUCUCCUAGUGAAGAUAAUACACAAAUCCAGAUUACGGUAUUAUGGGAAGUUUGGGCUCAAGAUUGAUUACCCCUACCAGGCUUACUUUGAAGUCGCUGACCAGAGUGGGACAAUGUCCCUUGUGCUAUGGAACGAACUUUGUCCAGAGUUUUACCAGAGACUUACUGUAGGCACAGUGUUGUACAUCCAGAACUACACCUUGAAGCAGAGUUAUUCAAACCGGUCACGCCCACAAAUGGACCAUCACAAAAUGAAGACCUUUAACUCUGUAGAAAUCUGCCUGAACCCUCGAAAACCUACUUCAGUCAUCACUGUGAUCUCACCAAAGAGUGUACUGCCUCAGUGGGGAUUGCCUGAGGUUUCCUACCAGUUCACCACUAGGUCAGAGUUGGAAAAAUUAUCCAACAAUUCUGCGUGUGACGUCAUUGGUUUGGUGACAUUUGUCGGUCGUGUUGAAAGAGUCAAGAGUAAAGGGAACAAGGGUCCAGAAAAAUACUGGACGUAUCGCUGGAUCCACGCGGUGGAUGGAACAACCGACCUUCCUUUCAUCCUGGAGGUUUUUUCCUCCUCCCAACCGGAAGUCUUCAGUCGUAUAUGCCCAAUGACCUACCUGGUGUGCACUCAGAUGAGAGUUUGUCGAGUGGAAGGCUCGUUGCCCUACCUUACAAGCAGCUGCGAGACACAGACGUUCAUCACAGGCUACCACAAAGGUCAGCCAUAUGUGAGUGACCCCAGAGUAAAGAGCUUCAUCCAGUGGACCAAAACCCUGAAGGACAAUGUUGUCCUCCAGAAGACUGCUGUUGGUGGUCAUUAUUGCUACCCUCGUCCCCCAAAGACAUUCACCCAGUCGAUGGCAGAUGCCUCAGCUCAAACUCCUCUGGUUGCUGCAGCUGACUUGAAGAAGGAGUUAGAGACCCUGCAAUAUAGGGAGCAUAAAAAACUUGCACUUCAAGGACAGAUCACGGCAGUGCGGUACAUGAAACAUCCAAAGACCACAGGAGGAACAGAGGAGAAAGAGCAGGUGGCAGAUGCGUGUGAACAAGCUGCACCAGAUACGCACAUUCAUUCGUCAGCAGCUGAACAGAUUUUGGCGUCCACUUUAACAUCUGCCUCUGCUGAGAGGAUCUCAGUGAGUGGAAGGAAAAGAAGAAUUCAAACAAGAAAAGCCACACAGUCGUCCAUGAGUUGUGAAAGCGUGUUGGCAAAAAGGAGACAUCAAGACACAGAGGAAGGACAAGAGCAGGGAGAAGAGGAGAAUCACUCUGAAUCUGAGGAGGCUCAGGAUGUAGAAUGCCGACUAAAUGAAAAUCAGGACUCUAAUGUCGCAUCAUGGGAAAGCAGCAGUUGGCCGAAGCAACGACAAGAAGUUUCUGAACAUCUGUGUCAUGGUGGUCUGUACCAGGACAGCGUGUCUCGGAGGUUCACGUUUGACGAAAAGAACAUCCUUCUGCAGCAGAGUAACCUUCAGCCAGCGCGGUGGACACCGGGGCAAAGCGCUGACACCGUCCCACCUAUGGUUUGGCCGGGAUACUACCAAGUAACAAUAUUAGGCAUAAACAAGCAGAUUGCCGUUGAUGCUGCAUAUUUUCCUGUUGUGAGCUCAGAUGAGCCCCGGGCUGUAGGUCUUCCUCAGGAUCCCCACGGCAACACCAUGCUGUCCUGCCUUUCGUCAGGCUUCCUCUGUCCGCUCAGUGACACCGCCAACCACAGCGAAUCAGCACUUCCCGAGCCAGAGGAGGUCCUGGCGACUGCCGGUGAGCUGGAGGAUACUCAUGUCGUGUGCAUCUUGGACCUUUGCCAUCUGGGUGGAGACAAGGUGGAGGUCCUGAUCAGCAAAGUGUACAGAGUCACAGAGGUUUCUCUUGACUAGGAGGUACAUUUAGGAGUACUCAGCACUCUGACAGCAUCUUGUAGUUAUUAUCAGAAUACAUUAAUCAUGUUGUUAGAAAGUUAUUUUAGAUAGAAAAAGCAAAAGUUUUGGACCAAACCUCAAUUUGAUACUUGUAAAUAUACCUGUUAUAUAUGUACGGAAAUGUCACAAGAUUGUUUAAAUAAUGCUUUUCAAGAGGAAAAUGCUCUGUGAUUGAUAAAAAUACUGAAAUACCUG